GGACUUUAAUAUUCUUAAAUUUAGAUCAGUUUGCAAGUGGAAAGCUACCUUAUCACAUUUGGUGUUCAAUUAUCAUUUCGAUUUUCGAUUUCUCCAAUUUUCUAAUAUUAUUUCUAAUGCCUUGAGGUUUAACUUGACAGUUGACAAGAUAUGCCAAAUAAUUUUUUUUUUGAUAAAUAAAAUAUUAUCCUCUUGAUCGCGGUCUUUAUUUCUCUCCCUCUUUUUUUCCCUCUCUAUCUACACGCCCCAGUAUUAAAACAUAAAUGAUACAUCAGAGCCUCCAAGAGUGUGUGUGAUACUAAAUAUCUACUUGCUUACUGAUAGCACUUGCAUAUUAAAUCACAGUAUUAUCAAUUAUAAAAAAAUCAUCAUCAUUGUAUCCUCAAUCAAUUUAUUCAACAUUAUUUAUGUGAAAAUUGUAAAUAAUUUAUUAAUUUACUCCAAUUUUUAAUAUUUUCUUCAACAAAUGUAUUUUCAUUUUUUACAUGUUAUUUUGUGAUUACAUGGAGACAGUUCAAUCUCUGUGUGUGCGUGUAUUUUUAUUUUAUUUUAACAUUGUUCUUAUUAAAGAAAAUAUAUACAAUUUAUAAAAUUAUUUAGUGAAUUAGUAAUGACAUUUAUUGUUUGUUAAUAUAUUUUUUUUUUAAAAGUUAUCAAAGGGUUGAGUCAGAUGAGAUAAACAAUAAAUAGAUGAUCAUUAAAGGCUUGUUGGAAAAAUUGACCUGACACUGUAUAUUACACGUAACUUGAAGACACUAAUUAAAAUCUGUGUGUGUUUAUUUUUUACCAACAAACAAGAAACAAAAAAAGAAAAAGUUUAUCUGGUUGAUUUGAAAAAGACAGUAAAGAUAAUUAAAUAAAUAAAUAAAAUCGUUGCCCCGCUGGGCGCAGAUGGGAGCUGGUUUGUUAAAAUCCGACUGGGUAAUUAUACCCGGUGUUGGAUACUCACGUUUCAUCCCAAAAAGGAUUAAUAUAACAAGGAAUUCACGUACACGCUAUCGAGCGUAUUCUAUAAUAAUAAAGAAAUUUAAACUCUAUCAAACUGGAAUUGAUGGAGUUGGAGAAUAUUGUGGCAAACACUGUUUACCUCAAAGCCAGAGAAGGUGGUGGUGACAGUAACAAGGGCAAAAGUAAGAAAUGGCGGAAGAUAUUGCAAUUUCCUCACAUAUCACAGUGCAUCGGCCUAAGGGAUAAACUUGAUAUAAGAUAUAGUUAUUUAGUUGAUCAACAGCCAAUUGGACGAGUAUUAUUUCGUAAAUUUUGUCAAGAUCAUAAACAAUCUUAUCAUCGUUAUAAUCUUUUUUUGGAUUCAAUUGAAAAAUAUGAAAUUGAACUUGAUGAAAAUCGUUUGGUGCUUGCUAAGGAUUUAUUUGAAAAAUAUUUAAGAUGUGAAAGUUCAGAAGUUGUUAAUGUACUAAAUGAUUCAUUAAUUUCACAAUGUGAAGAACGUCUUUGUUCUGGUAGUCGAGAAUUAUUUGUUGAAGUAUCACAAACAGUUAAAAAUUUUCUUGCUGGCGAGCCAUUUUCUGAAUUUCUCAAUAGUUUCUACUUCUACAGGUACCUACAAUGGAAAUGGCUAGAGGGACAACCAGUUACGUACAAAACAUUCAGAAUGUAUCGGGUAUUGGGUAAAGGUGGUUUUGGUGAAGUAUGUGCUUGUCAAGUACGUGCAACUGGUAAAAUGUAUGCAUGUAAAAAACUUGAAAAAAAACGUAUUAAAAAACGUAAAGGUGAAGCAAUGGUAUUAAUAGAAAAAAAUAUAUUACAAAAAAUAAAUUCAAAAUUUGUUGUAUCACUUGCAUAUGCAUAUGAAACAAAAGAUGCAUUAUGUCUUGUUUUAACAAUAAUGAAUGGUGGUGAUUUAAAAUUUCAUAUAUAUAAUAUGGGUGGUGAGCCGGGUUUUGAUAUUAAUAGAGCAAGAUUUUAUGCUGCUGAAGUUGUAUGUGGUAUUGAACAUUUACAUUUACAAGGUAUUGUUUAUCGUGAUUGUAAACCAGAAAAUAUAUUACUUGAUGAUCAUGGACAUGUUAGAAUAUCUGAUCUUGGUCUUGCUGUUGAAAUAAUGGAAGGUGAUAUGGUACGUGGAAGAGUUGGUACUGUUGGUUAUAUGGCACCAGAAGUUAUUGAUAAUGAAAAAUAUACAUUUUCACCAGAUUGGUUUAGUUUUGGUUGUUUAGUUUAUGAAAUGAUUGAAGGACAAGCACCAUUUAGAGCAAGAAAAGAAAAAGUUAAACGUGAAGAAGUUGAUAGACGUGUUAAAGAAGAUCAAGAAAAAUAUUCAAAUAAAUUUACUGAAGAAGCAAAAAGUUUAUGUCAACAAUUACUUAAAAAAAAUCCAAAACAUAGAUUAGGAUGUAAAUGUGGUAGACAUGGAGCUAAAGAAGUUAAAUUACAUCAUUUUUUUCAAUGUUUAAAUUGGAAAAGAGUUGAAGCUGGUAUGUGGGAACCACCAUUUAUGCCUGAUCCACAUGCUGUUUAUGCAAAAGAUGUACUAGAUAUUGAACAAUUUUCAACAGUUAAAGGAGUUAAUUUAGAUGCAACAGAUGAUACAUUUUAUAGUAAAUUUAAUACUGGUAGUGUAUCAAUACCUUGGCAAACUGAAAUGAUUGAAACUGAAUGUUUUAAAGAGCUCAAUGUACUUGGUCCAAAUAGUUCACCUACACCUGAUUUAUUAGUUAAUAAUCCACCAAUUAAUCAUGAAAGUCAAGGAUGUUUUCCAUUUAGAAGAAAGAAAAAAGAAAGUGCAAGAACUAGAGAAAUUCCAAUAUCUGAAUGUCAUUUAUUGCAAUUAUCACAGAGUCAAAAUUAUGAAAUGUCAGGUAGUUGAUUUAAAAUUAAUUACAUUAACUCAAACACUCCACCAACAAUAUCUUGAUGUUGUAUUUUAAAUAUCAAAAGAGCGCAAUGAAUAAAUUUUAAGAACAAAUUAAUAAACAGUAGUAGUACAUGCUCUGUGACGUUUAAUAUUACAUAAUUCAGAACACGUUGAGCUAUAAAAUUAUCAACGUGUGUUUCAACGCACAAAUUCAGUGACUUUAAUGUCUUUUAUUUUAUAAAAAAGUCAAUAUUUCAAAUAUAUACCAAUGUCUGAAUUCACAAUGUGAUUUAUUUAUUUUUUAUUUGUUUUUUUUCCACUACAAGUGAAAAAUAAAUCAGAAGUAAUUAAAUUAAAUACUUAAACUUGAAUAAUAAUUAAAGCACUUUAGAAAAAACAAUGUUUUAAUAUAAAUAAUUUGUUAACAUUUUAAUUAAAUGUAACAAAUUUUAUAAAAUUAAUUUUAAUUUAGAAUUGUUCAAAUUCGAUAUUAUUAUCCGUCUAAAAAAUUGUCGUCAAGACAUUGCCAAGAAAACUGUUAUUCAGUUAAUUUUUAUUUUUCGAAUUUCAACGAAUUUUUUCGUUUUGAAUGUGAAAAAAGUAAAAAUAAAAUACAAUUGUUUAUUUGCAUAAUUAAUAAUACAUAUACAACACAUACUCAAAUUGAGAAAUCAAAGGUCUGAAUUUAUUUAAAAAAAAAAAAACAAUUGCAUUAGUAUUAAAAUUUUAGAUAUCGCUCUGAAAAGAUUUUUAAAUAUGCAAUGAGUUAGUCGAUUUACGCGAUAUAAAUAGUGUCAUUGUCUUGUGGGUAAUUGUUUUUGUAUCAAUUAACAAGAUAAUAUUAUGUUUUUUAUCAUAUAAUUAUUUUUAGUUAUUUAAAAUUUUAUGUACUGACUUUCGUUUUAUUUUUUUUUUCUUAAAAUUCUGUACAAAUAUUAAAGAUUGAAUAAAUAAAAAAAGGGCAAAUAAUUGCACAAUCAUAAAUCGGUAUUUUUUAUAUGAAAAUAAAAAUAAAAAACAAACUUUUUGAAUAAAAUUAAUGAAAAUAAAAAUACGUCUAAUGUAUCUAUUUCAAAUUCAUCAUACUGGUUACCCAAAUGAAAAUAAAAAAUUUAAAUUAUUAAACAAUGCAUCAAAUUGUCAGUAUGAACAAUAGUUUAUUUUUUUUUUUUUAAUUACAAUAUUAUAUAGUAUAAUAAUAGACUGUCAUUGGUUUAAUCUGUUUAUUUUUUUUAUUAUACCAAUGACAAAAUAAAUGUUUAAUUUUAUAAACCAAAAAAUAACAAUGUAUUAAAUUAUAUAAUUCAAAAGUGUGACAUAGGCACAUGCAAAAAAACAGGUGUCAUUAUACAAACACUUUUUUUUUUUUAAAUUAAAUA